AGGAGCACGUGGACGAAGUCGCGCGCAAUCAUCUGAAAUCGCUGAGUCGUGCAAGAUGACUCGAUACCGGGAAUGGUACCCCAACCUGUCUGUGAUAACACGGGUUUGCGAGAGCUCUUCAGACCCGAGUGGCUCUGCUGUAAUGAGAGAGGUGUGGAGCACUGAAAGCUCAUACACAGAUCAUGGCGGCAGCUGGUUGGGCGUGCGUCGAGGUUGGGGGUCCAUCAAGGCUCGUCUACACAGUGAUUCAGUCGCCAGAGCCCCAGAGCCGCUCGGGCCGGUUCCCCGCAGCAGGCUUCAAGACGGCAGUGUUGAUGUGUCUGUGAUGGCUAGUCAGUAUGGGAAGUCACAACACAGAUUUAUUCCAUAUGGACGUACCAGUCGGAGAGGAGAGGGGUGGAUGGGCAAGAUUGGAGUGGGAAACACACACAGAUUCAGAGCAGAAGAUGCACAGAGAGGAGGAAAAAAUUGGUUUAAAAUCACAAUCCCACAGGGAAAAAAGUAUGAUAAGAAAUGGCUUCUAACCUCAUUACAGAAUCUCUGCCCCAUUGCAUUUAUUCCUUUACAUUACUCCACAGAGGGACAUAAAGUUAAUUUCUAUCUGGAGGAUGCUGCUGCUGCCAGCGCUUUGUGCAAACUCACACGCAGAGUCACAGACAGCGAAGGGAACCGGGUGGCCGUGUUUAUGAACAGUUGUUCCACUCCCGCUUUCUUCCAAAGUGAGCUGAAGCCACAAGAUCUGGAGCAUUUGAAGCAUUGCAUGUCCAAACGCUUUGACGAUUCUCAGAAGUCUCUCGACCUCAACAGCAUCCGCACUGAUCCAGACCUGGUUUCCCAUAAUAUCGAGGUGAUCUUAAAUCAAGAAAACUGCAUGCAAGCUGUGAUCAGAAUCAUACAGGAGAAUAUCCCAGAGUUGUUGUGUUUGAAUCUGAGUAACAACAAGCUGUGUAAGCUGACUGACAUUGCCACACUUGUGAACAAAGCCCCUAACCUGCAGUCCCUGAACCUGUCUCAUAAUGAGCUGAAGUCGGAGCAAGAGCUGGAUAAAGUGAAGCGGUUCAGGCUGGUGGAGCUCUGGUUGGACAGGAACCCUCUGUGUGACGACUUCAGAGAUCAGACCACAUACAUCAGUGCUGUUCGAGAGAGAUUUCCCAGGCUUCUCAGAUUGGACGGUCAUGUGCUUCCACCUCCAAUCUGCUUUGACGUGGAAACGCGCACAAACAUCCCUCCUUGCAAGGGCAGCCACUUUGUAUCGAAUGAAAUCCAGAGUCUCAUUCAGCGUUUUCUGCAACAUUAUUACUGUGUUUAUGACUCUGGGGACCGACAGCUGCUGCUGGAGGCAUAUCACGAUGAUGCCUGUUUCUCUCUCAGUCUGCCAUCUAUAAACCAUCUCUCCAGGUUAAAAAACUACCGUGAACACAGCCGCAACAUCAAGAACAUCAAAGAUCCCUCUGCUCGGUUUCACCUGCUAAAACGUUCCCGGCUGACUGUAGUCGCCUUCCUCAGCGAGCUCCCAAACACCCAGCAUGACAUGAACUCAGUCAACGUUGAUGUCAACACAUACUCGAGCACUCUAUUAGCAUUCACAGUGAGCGGAGUGUUUAGAGAAGCUGAUGACAAAUUGAGAGACGGCGUUAAAGCUUUCUCCAGAGUCUUCAUCACAGUUCCAGCUCGGAAUUCUGGUCUGUGCAUUGUGAACGAUGAGCUCUUUGUGAGGAGCGCCACCAGCGAGGAGAUACGCUGCGCAUUUGCGGCGCCAGCCCUCUCGAAUAGCCCAGUGCCGACCACCCUCACCGCAUCUCAGCAGGAAAUGCUCUCCGCUUUCUCCCAGAUGUCUGAAAUGAAGCUGGAAUGGUCUCAAAAGUGUCUGCAGGACAAUGCGUGGGAUUUUCACAGAGCUGCUCAGAUUUUCACAGAACUCAAGGCUCAAUUAAAGAUCCCAGAAGCUGCUUUCAUAAAAUGAAAACAACAUUCAGAAAUUCUUAUGUACAUAGUUUUAUUUGUUGUUUAGCAGGCAUGUAAUUGUGUUAAACUAAAAUGAGAAACAAACUUGUUUUAUAUUAAUUAUAGUGUUUUAGUUGUUUUUUGUUUUUUUAAAGGUUUAUGCUUGAUAAAAUUACAGCACUGUUCCUGCAUUCGUUUUAAAAGCACUUUUUCUGUUUUAAUUGUGAUGUCUUUGCUGAGCUUUUGUUUAUGUUGUUAAAUGUGAUGUUUUCACAGCAAUAAAGUUUGUUUACUCAGCAA